UACAGACUGACUGCUACAUGGUGAUUAUUGAUGUCCACUGAGCCUCAAGAAGAAGACUGGAGAAAGGAGACAUUUUUAAAGGGGAUGAUGACCUCAGAGCUCAGGAAGAUCAUGUAAAAGGCUGUUAUUGACCAAUGAAACAAAGAGAAUCACUUAAAAACAAGAGGAGCACUGAUGGGACAGCACAGGAGAACCUCCCUUAACUUUGGGACACGAGUUCCUUCAAUGCAACUUGAGGAGGACAAGAUAAUUUGAUGUUAAUUAAAAGUCCUGUUUAAGUUGACCGUUGAAAAGACAUCAUGUUGUCUGCACUGGGAACCGGUGCCUUGGCUCUUUUCCACAGUGUAAUAAUAGUGACUGCGCUGAUUGACUCUGAUGACGUCAUCACACGAGAUGAGCAGAUCUACGUUCUGAUUGGUGCUCAUGCCAAGUGUGAAAGGAACAUCCAGGCACAGAUGGCCCUGGUUAAAGAAGGUGACUGUAUCCCGGAGUGGGACGGGAUCAUAUGCUGGCCACAGAGCAGAGCGGGUCAGCUGGUUUCAGUGCUGUGUCCAGAGUACAUCUAUGACUUCAACCACAGAGGGCGAGCCUACCGCCAGUGUGAUACAUCAGGGAGCUGGGAACAGGUGCCAAGCAUCAACCGCACUUGGGCCAACUACACCGAGUGCACUACAUACUUGACCUCCAACCACAGGAGCCAGGAGGAGAAGGUGUUUGAGAGACUACAUCUCAUGUACACUGUCGGCUACUCCAUUUCUCUAGCAUCACUGCUGGUGGCAGUCUCCAUCCUCUGCUAUUUCAAGCGUCUCCACUGCACACGCAAUUACAUCCACAUUCACCUCUUCACCUCCUUCAUAUGUCGAGCAGUCAGCAUUUUCGUGAAGGACGCUGUGCUCUACACCAUCUCUUAUGACAGUAAUGCUGAGCCUGAGUUCACUGCACAGAAGCCCCAUAUGGCCGGCUGUAAAGUUGCUGUUACUUUGUUCCUUUAUUUCCUGGCAACCAAUCAUUACUGGAUCCUGGUGGAGGGGUUGUACCUACAUAGCCUCAUCUUCAUGGCCUUCCUCUCUGACAAGAAUUACCUAUGGGCCCUUACCAUUAUUGGCUGGGGUGUUCCAGCUGUGUUUGUGUCUGUUUGGGUCAGUGCACGAGCAUCGCUGGCAGACACACAAUGCUGGGACAUCAGUGCAGGGAACCUGAAGUGGAUCUAUCAAGUCCCCAUUCUGGCAGCCAUUGUUGUGAACUUCCUCCUCUUUGUCAACAUUAUACGUGUACUGGCCUCUAAACUGUGGGAAACAAACACUGGUAAACUGGACCCUCGGCAACAAUAUCGGAAGCUGCUGAAGUCCACAUUAGUCCUCAUGCCCUUGUUUGGAGUUCACUACAUGGUGUUCAUGGCUCUUCCCUACACUGAGGUCACCGGGCUGCUGUGGCAAGUCCAAAUGCAUUAUGAGAUGUUCUUCAAUUCAUCCCAGGGCUUUUUUGUGGCAUUUAUCUACUGUUUCUGCAAUGGGGAGGUGCAGGCAGAGGUGAAGAAGGCGUGGUUACGACGCAGCCUCACGUUGGACCUCAAACAGAAAGCCAGGAUGACCAGCAGUGGCGGCAGCUGUUACUACGGUGGCAUGAUGUCACACACCACCACCCAGAGUGUCAGUUUGUCUGCUGUCAAUCCCAGAGCUCUAUCCUUCACUGGAGUUGUGGUGGGCUCAGGUGGAACCGCUGGUGGAGGCUCAGGGAUCAGGCCACCACGUCACGGCUCUCUAAACCCACAAACCAGCCUGCCUGGAUAUGUGUCCGGUGACACCGAGACCUCCAGCCCCCAACAGGAGUUGGCUUUGCGGAAGCCAGGGGGGACAGAGUCUGGAGUUUUUGCCAGGCAUGCCAGAACAGGCAAGGAAAAUCAUGACCGCAAAGGUCCCGGAGCAUCUCCAGCCCAAAUCCCUGGAUCAGAAGAUCCAGACAGCUCCUUAUCUCUGAAAGAGCUGGAGACCAUCUUGUGACUGUUUGGAUAAAUGUUCAGAUGAGUAUAAAUGAGGUAUUAGUCUAAAGACCAAGAUAUAUAUGACAGGCAUGAAUCUUUCUGGCUACAUUUCAAGGAUUUACUUGUGUUGAGAUUGUUUUGUCAACUUCCUCCAAAGUCAAGAGAGAACUUUCAGUCUCAAUUUGUAAGCCAACAGCUGGACAAACUCUGUUUGCUGAAGAAGAUUGUAUGAUUGAAAACUCCUGAACAGCUACUGAGCAGACCUUGUGGUGAGAUUGACAACAACAGAGUUUUGUGGUUGUCUGGGUUUUUCAGUGGAUGGGAUAAAAUUUCCUAUGCAUAAACAAUAAGGGAAUACACACACAUUUUCAUUUUGCAAAAUGACACUGAAGGCCUUCACUCAUUGUGACAUAUGUACCAAAUCAGUAUGCAUAAGUCUAUGAUGGUUUGUGUGCAUCUCAAGUUAUAGGUACAAUUUCCUCAUGGGUCAGUGUACCUGAACUGUACAUACGUUUUUAUAUGCUUUCAAUUGAUUUCACGUUGAAAUGUGAACAGAUAAAUUAAGCUAAAUAAGUAUGAAGCUGUGAUGGUUCAGAGAAUUUAGAAAAGUCAAAAGACAGACUUGGAUGUUUAAACAGGGAGAUUUUUGUCUGCCUCUUCAUAUCUUUCCUGUGUUGGGUUUUUCCAGGCCAGACUGGCUGACCUCAGUUGAUGUGUGUGUUGUUGAUGUGUGUGUGUCAGCGGCUGCUGUCUAUGAAUCUGCUGUAGCAAUCCUCCCCUUUCCAAAUAUUGACCUCCAUACGUAUCAGCCACACAUUUCUGAUGGAGGAAGCAUUACUGUACCGGGCUAACUGUUCACAAUUAUUAUUGUUAUUUCCAAUAGUCAUGGUUUUCAGAUAGUAUGUCUAGACAGGUUGGACUUCUCUCUGCACCUUUGUUGUUGUCUACUCUCCCCUAUUUAUCAGUUUGACAGGACCCUGAGGGCUGAUGCACUUUUUACCCAUUGCAGGCCAAACGGCAGUUCUUUCCUCCGUGUGACCUUUGCCCUGAAUGCCCUGACAACACCUUCCAGUAUUUCACACACUCCCCUCAGGCCUCAGCUCGGAGCAAGAGGCACCUGAGCUGCUCGUGAACCUCGAGCAUAAGUGACAAACCUGCAUCACAAGCCACCAGUAUUCACAAGAUAAACAGACAGGAAAUUGUGCCUGUAAAUAUCUUAGGACUGUUUUAGGUGCCCAGAAAUAGGAUAUGUACAGUGUAAGAUAACUCUGAUAAUUUAAUAAAUGUUUUGGGAAAUUGACAUGAGAGUUUAAAUAAAUUGAACUGAAUUGGAAUUGAUUCACAUACUACUGCUUAGCCCUAUGUUCAAAAAGCUUUGUUUUUUAUUUCAAGGCAGAACUUAAGGCAAUGUACACAUACUUGUAGUACUGGAAGAUCUCCUUGUAUG